UCAUGGCGAAAUCAAUAUUGAGAGUGAAAGUUGUAUCUGCUGAAGCCUUGUCCUCCUCCAAGAUUGAGGGCACUGGCCUCCCAAGUUUAACACGUGAUUCUGCACCAAAAGCUGAGUUGCCGGUUGAAAAGGGUAUUGAUGAAGAGGCACAACAAAGGAAAAGUGGAGAUAAUAAUGUGAGACAGCGAGCAGCAUGGAUGCCUGACCCAGUGACUGGAAAUUUUAUUCCAGAAGACCAUUUUGGGGAAGUUGAUAUUGCUGAACUCAGGGAAGAUAUUCUGAGGCGUCACUCUCUCUCCAAACGCCAAUAUCGUUUCUAA